GCCGCUGCCCAGCCCCGAACCCAGCGGAGGAGGCGAAAAUGGGCCGGAAAAAGAUCCAGAUCAGCCGGAUUUUGGAUCAGCGGAACCGGCAGGUGACCUUCACCAAGCGGAAAUUCGGGCUGAUGAAGAAGGCGUACGAGCUGAGCGUGCUGUGCGACUGCGAGAUCGCCCUCAUCAUCUUCAACAGCGCCAACCGCCUCUUCCAGUACGCCAGCACCGACAUGGACAAGGUGCUGCUCAAGUACACCGAGUACAGCGAGCCCCACGAGAGCCGCACCAACUCCGACAUCCUCCAGGUAGCGGCCGGGCCGGCCCCGGGGCCGGGCGCCCGCGGGGAGCCGCUCACCGGCACCUCCCCGCAGACGCUGAAGCGCAAAGGGCUGGGGCUGGAGAGCCACGAGCUGGAGCUGGACGAGGGCCCGGAGCCGCCCGGUCCCCGGGGGUCCCGAGGGUACUCUCCCUGACCCCCGCGUGUCCCGCAGAGCCCGGUGCCGCUGCCCGAGGCCGCCCACGGCAGCUCGCCCCCGGCCGCCGAGGCGUCCCUGGGCAGCGGCAGCUCCCCGCAGGGCCGGGGCCGCUCUCCCGCCGCCAGAGCCGCGGCCCCAAAGCCACCGGGACGGUCCCCAGGGCCACCGCCCCCAGGUCUCAGCUACCCCCUGUUCCCCUCCGCCGGCCUGAGCCGCUCCCUGGCCACCAAGACGCCGCCGCUGUUCCUGGGGGCCGAGGGCCGGAGGGGCGAGAGCCAGGGCGGCCCGGCCAGUGGCCGGAGCGGCGCCAGCGCAGCGCGGCCGCUGUACCCCGCGCUCAGCCCGGGCAGCUCCGGCCCCCCGAGCCACGGCCUCGCCGGCUUCCCCUUCCUCGGCCCGGCGCCGGCGGCCAUGGGCGCUGCUGGCACCGAGGGGCAGCCGCCCCCCACCAGGGCGCUCUCGGGGGGUCACCCCGAGGCGCCCCCAGCUCGUUUCCAGCCGGGUUCCCCCACGGAUCUUGUCCCCACGGCCGGCAGCCGCAUCGUGCCCGCGGAGGAGCCGGCCGCGGUGCCCGGCGCGUCCCCGCAGCGCCAGGCCAUCAGCAUCAAGUCGGAGCGGGUGUCGCCGGGGCUGGGCUGUCCCCCGGGCACCCCCCAGCCCCCCCUGGCCAGCCUGGCGACCCUCAGCGAAGCCUCCCGAGCCCCCGGCGACCUCCAGCCCCGCGACGACUUCGCCAAGGGCUUCCCCCCGUACGCGCCGGGGCCGCUGCCGCUCCCCGCGCGGAGGGGAGCGCCCGUGGACGUUUGGCAGAGAUAG